GAUUUUGAGUUGACAUUGUAUAUACAGUCAAUUCAAGCACUCCAUACAGCUAGCACACAUAUAGGAACAGGGAUAUACAAACAUAUAUAUAAUUUUGGAAAACAUAUAGAAUUUGCCCAUACCAUAGACAAGACAUGCAGGCCAUUGACAUUGAUUAUAGUUUACAGAAUUUUGAGACAUAUAGGGAAUAUCUGGACUCAUUCAAACUUCCCGAAGAUUCACGGUAUAUGCGUAGCUCAGAGAUUAUAAAACUUGGUUAUCGUUCGCAAAAACCAAUCUAUACCACCGAAGAGUUCUAUAUGAGAAGAGAAAACUUGGCAAAACAAUUGAACUCGAAAAUAUUGGACAUUUCAUUUUCGACAUUCUUCAAAGGAAAUGAUGCUGGUCUAAUGGCAUUAGCCGCCCGUGAGAAAUGGAAUGUUGUGGGGAGAUUGUCGACUAUAAUAUUUUUGCAAAUGCGGCAACAUAACGGUUUUGAUAUAUCUGGUUAUAUAGACUUUGCGCAAAGUCUACGCAACUGGCGUCUAAGGAUGCCAGAUUCUAUCGAUUGGAAAGCAAUAUUUGAGGCUAGAAUUCUACUUCGUCCAAGAAAUAAAGAUUUGUGUUUUUUUGAUUGGCAUAAGGGGAAAAUAACGUCCAAUGAUACUGACAAUUUUCAAACAAUGACUCAUCCAGAUUAUGGACUUUGCUUCAAGCACAAGGGUGAUCACAAGUAUGUGCAGGUAACAUCAACGCAAACCCCAACGCAAAGUGGCAAUGUUACACGGACAAUGGUGAAAUCCAAGUUAUACGGAAUUAUCAUACUUUACGAUCAUGAAAUAAACUCACAUUCAUAUUUGGGCUGACUAA